UUUAUUUGUUAUGAGUUGGAAAGCUGUUUGUUUGUCCUGUUGUUUACUUUUGGUCCUUACACUUUCAAGACCAUCGGAGAAGUUUUCGUACCCUUGUAAGGUAUGUUUCGUAUCCUUUUUCAACAAGAAGUAAUGUAUAUUACUUCUUUCAUUACUCUAUAUCUUGUCAACAUUAUUUUUAAAAUGGUGUGAAAUUUUCGACGUAAAACAAGGUCAUGGUUCGAUCAUGGAACUAAAUGGAACUAAAUUUUUGUUUCAAACUAAGUGUAGCCAUUAAUUCAUCAUUCACCAAGCAGCAAAGCACUUGAGAGCACAGAAACAUGUGGAUUUGUUUUAGAGCACAUAAACUUUGACUUUUAGGAGCAGAUCUCAGUCAAUCCAAGUCAUCCUAGUGGGAAGUGAUUGGGAGAAGCCAAAAUAUCAAGUCUUGUUCUCUUCGAAUGUAAAUUAAUUAAUUUCUUGACAUAUAUGUAUAUAUAUAUAUAUAUAUAUAUAUAUAUGAACAUUCUUUGAUGUCCUAUAUAUCUGCCUUCAAUCUCUGUUUGGUUGGACUUGGAUUUUCCACUCCCAAGUCUUCCCUUUUCAUUUCCUCUGCUUCUUCUUCUUUUCUGAACUCAAAAGGGAUUCUUAGUGUUUGAUCCAUUUCUAUGUAAUUUAGUUUGUUGUGAAAAGUUGUUUCAAUGGUGUUCUUGCGUUUCAUCCUUCUUCUUCUCUGUUUUGCUGAGUUUACAGAUUGAUUGAUCUUCUUUUGCUGUGAUACUCUGUUUUGUUUUGUGUAUGCCCACUUGGGAAUUUUGAUCUUACCCCAAAGCUUCUUGGGUUUUGUUAAGAUUGAUUGUUGUUUCAGAUCUAACAUGUCUGUGGGAGAAAUGGGUUUUUCUCCAGAGCGUAGAAUCAACCACCGUCGGAAACCGCCAAGUUCCGGCGACUCUCUGGAACUGCAGCAGAAGCUUGUUAGGAUCAUCGUUACCGACGCCGAUGCCACGGAUUCAUCCAGUGAUGAUGAAAUGGUUUCCGGCUCAACAAAAGGAAUUAGGAGACAAGUUAGAGAGAUUCCUAUUGGAUGUUACUCUGUUUUUUAUGGUUCAUCAGAGUCCCCUGUUCCGGCGAUUAGCAAGAAACGAAGCACUCGAUCACAAAGCUCCAAAUCCUCUCACCGGAAGAAGUUCAGAGGAGUCCGGCAGCGUCCGUGGGGUCGGUGGGCGGCGGAAAUCCGAGAUCCGACUCGUAGGAAGCGGAUAUGGCUCGGAACAUUCAAUACGGCGGAGGAGGCAGCGGCGGUUUACGACCGAGCUGCUCUGAAACUCCACGGCCCAAACGCCGAGACGAACUUCUCCGAUGAGGGUGAGGUUUCCACCGCGGCCAAGGGCGGUAACAAGCAGGAGGACGAAUUGGAGUCGCCGAAAACGACGACGGUUUGGUCACCGGCGUCUGUUCUUCAUUAUGACGGCGCUUUACCUCUGAUUGAUGAGAUGUUUUGCAGAGAGAUUGAUGAGUUCGGAUUCAACAUGGAGGCGGUGGCAAGAUUGCCGGCGGCGAGGAGGCAGUGCGGCGGCGGCGAAGAAGAUUUCGGGGAGGUAGAGCUGGACUUGGACUAUUUCUUGGUUGACGUCCUCUAAGUUCUAAAUAGCGUGGAAUUUCCAUGAACAUUCAACGACGUCGCGAAUUUAAUAAUAAUAAUCAUAAUAAUAAUAAUAAUAUGGCGAUUUUAUUAAAUUAAAUAUUAGGUGAAAUUUGUGAUGUGGCUCAAAUUAAAGUGUCUAUGAAUAUUAAAGGAAAAAAAAAACUAUUUUUGUUUAA